UUUUUUUGAAUGUUUUCAAUUUUAAAUGAAGUUAUUAGGUGUUUAAAACUGGCAGAAGACAAUUUAUUUUGAAUACCCAUCAAUCCAUAGAGUACGCAUAAAGUACGCAUAUCCUUCGCCAGCAUUAAUAGUCGAGUCCAUAUAACAAUCUCCGUCUGUUUGUCUCUCCUCCCGUCCGUAUUUACCUAUAAGAGCUAUGAAUAUAACAUUUUAAACGUUGGUCUGUUUUUUGAUAAUGUAAUUUGUCAAAACAAUUUUAAGGCAAUGCUAUGGCAUUCAAGAUUAAGAAUAUAUUUUACUUAACAACUCAACUCUAUUUCUUAACAAUAAUAAAAACAAUGUGAAACAUACGACCUUAAUCAAAUUGAUUUAACCGGUUACCGACAGACUCGAGCUUCCGAUUAUUGAGAUGAGGAAUGUUAGAAUAAACGAUUUAGCCAAUUCCGCAGACAAUUAUACAAUUGAAGUGCGACAUUUUCGAAUCUGCAGCAUGUUCAAGCUAAACGGUGACGCAACUUGUGUCGAGUUUGAAGCGAACCUGAUUCGUUCGACCGACUGUUUUUUGCUUCUGCAAUUCAAACAUUCCGUGUUGAAGAAACAAAUUGAUUUUGGCGCGAUCGAUCAGAAUCAGGUUGAGCAGCCCAAUACAAAGAUACAUGUCGCUUAUAAAUAUAAUUAUAAUUUAUUCUGGUAUUUCUUUAUUCAAUGCAGUAAACGGAUUUUUCCAUUGAGAAAGUGGAUGCCGUAAUAUGCAUUAUCAUGGAGUAGGCGCUGCAAAAAUGACAAUGAGACUCGAAUUUGAGCAACAGGAGCCGAUUGUAUCAGCAGCAGCAACAGGGGCCAAGGAUAUAAAAUGCAUCUACAAUUGCCCAUGCUUCUGCUGCCGACAGGGCUGCUGCGUUCUAGUAUGCUGCUGCAGCUGCACUAACCUUAGCCUGAUAUGCUGCACAACAUGCAGCAGCAGCAGCAGCGGCAGCAGCAGCGGCAGCCUCUGUGCGUCGACGCCGCUGAUCAAGGCCAAUGCCUGCAUCCGGGUGGCGGCCAUAAUGGUGCUCGGCGUGCUCGUCACACUUGCUCGUCAAUGGAUGGUUGCGCUCCUGGCGCUGAUGACCAGAUACAUAACGCUGUAUAAGAUGGGCCACCAAAUAGCUGCGCCCAGCUCCAUGCCAGCGCCUAACAGCGCGCCGACCAUCAAUGGAGAGAGUAAAUUGAAGGAACAGUAUGGGCACGGUCAUGCUUCCUAUGACAUCGCAAAUGACCAGCAGCUGAAGACGAACAACCUGUGCAAAAUGUUUUGCAAUAAUCGCAAGAGGCAGCGAAGACGACGUCGGCGUCGCCGUCGACGACGGCGCAGGCACAACAACAGCAACAACAACGGGAGCAGACAGCAGACGGGCAGCAGCAAGCAGCAGCAAUAUCAGGAUAGCAGCAUAUUUCUGCCAAGUCUGGAAGUAUUGAGAGAACGAGAAGGAGACAGCGCUAAAAUACUGGCAACAGCAAAAAUACGUACGCGCAAUUCGACGUCGUCUUUAAAGACUUUCGUUUCGUCAUGGCCAUCGGGAGGCAAUUACGGCACAAUGCGCCAUUUCUCUAAAGCCAAACGCAACCGUGCGAAUCUAGUGUGGCUGCUUAUUUGUCUGUUUUGGCUUGAGGUUAAGCUGAUCAAUUGCAAUGCGAUUGCGAGCAGCGGCGGAUAUGUUUCAAGUCUGGUCACACAGAAGGGCUGCACUUUGUGCCAACUUGAGGAGGGCAACUUUUACAGCGAUAAGCAUAACCCACACACAGACUACAACAACAACAACAACAACAACAACAAUGACAAGUACAAUAACCACAACAACAACAAUUACAUCUAUAAGAAAACUAAUCGUAACCAUAACAAUAUUGGGCUCAGCGACCGGGUUCGUUUGGAGUCGAUAAAGCGACAAAUUCUAACGAAACUUGGACUCACCCAUAAACCAAAUGUAUCCCAUCCGCUACCCAAACAGUUCAUCUGGGAAACGAUUUAUCGGGCAGACGGCGGCCAAAUGGUUACCAACAAUGUCUUUGACAGCGACAGGCUCCAGACCGUGGCCGAGAUCAAUGACUACCAUACUCCCAAUUCCGCCAGUAAAAAUGUGUCAUACGCGAUUAGCAGGAACACCAAAAGCAGCCAGAAGGCAAAUCUAUUAAGAAAUCGAACAGCCGAAAGGAGAAACACAGCCACGUGGCAGUGGAACGAUUCGAUUCAAACAAAGGGCACAAGGACCACGGGAAACGGUCCGGCACGGGCCGCGGACAGUUCACCUUUGCGAGUCGCCAGAAAAGAGGAGAAAGAGGAUGGUGUUAACAGGAAAUCCAAGUCAAAUGCUUAUAGAAAAUCAACAUAUCUUAUUGAUAUAAAUCGUAGUAGUGAUAGUGAUAGCACCAAUAACAAUAACGACAUAACCGGUGGUGGUUUCGAGCGCAAUGAUAAUAUUUAUUUUAAUGGUUACAGCGUCCAGAACCAUGCCAAAGACCAUAAACCAAAACUUCAGCUCCAUAAUGCUCGAGGCAAAAAGAAAGAGGCUUUGACACAACACACAACCAUGCCCAUGCAGGAUCACGAUGUCGUCGGUCUCGAGCGCGAAGACUUCUUUGGCAGUACACAAGAGAUUAUAACUUUUGCCGAGGAGGGAACACAAUAUCGCCAGUACCGUAUACUCGAGUUUGCUCCUCAAAAGUCGCGUGUUCCAAGCCAAAAGAUAUCCAUAAGGAGUGCGCAAAUGCACAUUCGCAUCGAAAAGCAGCCGAAUGAAUGGGACGCAAGGGCCGAAACCCAACAUCAAAUACAACAGACAACAAUGAAGGGUAAACGGAAAAACCACGCAAAUGCACCCCGCCAAAGGAUCAAAAUUUGGGUAUUUCGCAUGACCGAGGGCAUAAAUAUAACAGAAAAGGCAAUAGAUCAGGCCUUUUUGUUUCGGGCAUCAUUUGAAGUGGACACCGAUCACUUGGGUUGGCAAAAGUUCGACCUAACCGAAACGAUUCGCGAAUGGUACAGCGACACGGCCGUUGAAAAUCUGCGUCUAUUGAUCGACUGCACUGGCUGCGGUAGCCAAUACUCGCUGCAUCUCUUUCCGUGGUCGGCACCGAAUGCCUACACAAAGAUGAAGACUGGCUCGGGUCACGUGAAUCCAAACCGCCCAUUUCUCGUGCUCCACACCGAAUCGACCAGGCCGCGGCGGGUUCGAAGACGGGCGGUCGACUGUGGCGGCGCGUUGAGUGGACAAUGCUGCAAGGAAUCGUUUUACGUGUCGUUUAAGGCACUCGGCUGGGACGAUUGGAUUAUUGCGCCAAGGGGAUAUUUUGCCAAUUAUUGCCGAGGCGAGUGUACUGGACCGUUUCGAACGCCGGACACAUUUCAAACAUUUCAUGCGCACUUUAUUGAGGAAUAUCGCAAAAUGGGCCUGCUGAAUGGCAUGCGUCCCUGUUGUGCUCCAAUUAAAUUCUCAAGCAUGUCCCUCAUAUACUACGGCGACGACGGUAUCAUUAAACGUGAUUUGCCCAAGAUGGUCGUUGAUGAAUGCGGCUGUCCUUAAUCCGUAAAAUGUAUCUUUUGUGAAAAGCAAUGAUAAAGUGGACUGGAAUUACUAAGCUAAACUAUCUUCCGUCCUUUGAAAUCAUAAGAUAAUAGCUCCCUACUUUCUAAAUGGGCCAUUCCUAAAUACUUAAGGGUUGCUGGUUCAUUCCAAUGAACUCCAAACAAAUGCCCUCGAAUUAAAUCAAAUUAAUUUUAUAUGUAAACGUUACCUUUGGGUAAUAUUGGCGUAUUUAAAAUUUUAAAGUGGGGGACGAGUAUUUAUUUAUUUAUGUAUAUCUAUAUAUCUCUUAUUAAAGUUUCAAAGUGCCUAAAUCAGCGAGAAGAAAA